AAGGAACAAAAACAGUGAACAAGUUCGGUCAACAUUUGAGCCACCGAACGGGUCGAAAAGCACCAACCGUCCGUCGUCAAUAUUUAACCAGGAGGCUCACACAUUAACUGAGCAAAAGAACCACAGUCCAAAUACACCAGCGAAAAGAAGCACAAGAGCAACUGCGGCGGCGGCGGCAGCAUGUUGAUUUCCGGGGCCCCGAUGAUGUCGUUCCGCCGGCUGUGGACAACAAGUGCACGCCUCGGCCUGAGUUCGGCCGCCGGCGUCCGGCUCGACCUGAGCGGCGUGUACCCUCCCAUCGCGACCCCCUUCACCGUGCAGGAGGACGUCGACUACGACAAAUUGGAGCACAACCUGCGCAAGUACGCCACGAUUCCAUUUAAAGGUCUGGUGGUGCAGGGCUCCAACGGCGAGUAUCCUUACCUGACGGAGGAGGAGCGCGUGGAGGUGGUGAAGAGGGUUCGACGCUCCAUGCCCGCCAACAAGCUGCUCAUCGCUGGCUCUGGCUGUGAAUCCACGAGAGCCACGCUGGAGCUAACGGCCAAAAUGUCAGACGCCGGUGCCGACGCCGUCCUGGUGGUCACGCCGUGCUUCUACAAAGGCAAGAUGGACGCUCGCGCCCUGGUCCAGCACUUCACCAAGGUUGCGGAUGGCAGUGCGGUCCCGGUGAUCCUGUACAGCGUCCCGGCCAACACGGGCCUGGAGCUGCCGAUGGACGCCAUCGUGCAUCUGUCCCAACAUCCCAACAUUGUGGGACUCAAGGACAGCGGCGGAGAUAUCACCCGGAUGGGCCUAAUAGUGCACAAAAGCAAAGAUCAGGAUUUCCAGGUUCUGGCGGGCUCGGCCGGCUUCCUUAUGGCCGCCUACUGUGUCGGUGCGGUGGGCGGAGUAUGCGCGCUGGCUAACAUUCUGGGCCAGCCGCUUUGCGACUUGGCGCGUUUGUGCUCGUCAGGCCGCUGGGAAGAAGCCCGAGAGCUGCAGGCGCGACUUAUUGAACCCAACGCUGCUGUAACCAGGAAGCUGGGCGUGCCCGCCCUCAAGCAGGCCAUGGAGUGGUUCGGCUUCCGCGGCGGCGCCUGCCGCUCGCCUCUCGGCCCUCUGCGCCAGGAAGAGACGCAACGACUCCGACGGGACUUCUCCUCCAACGGGUGGCUCUGAACAACGUGCGUACGUGAACAAUCAAUCAUACACUACUCACAAAAAGCGGGGAAGCGGUGGGUUCAAUGGGAAACAUAAAAUUGGGCAAGUACUUUUCAAAAAGAGAGACAGAGGUGGGUGUCACAGAAUGGCAUAGGCAGUGAUGUCCUUGGAAAUAAGGAGGGGGGAAAAAAUCCUGCCUGUUCAGCUCCUUGUUCGAGAAGGUCCGUCGAAGUUCGCCUUACAGUGCUUUCUCGAUUUAUUCACAAAUUUGAUUGCAAACGUUUUGAGAGAAGAUUUUCAAAUUUCACCAAAUAGAGUUCAUUUCAAUUUCAGAUAUUUCAUUUUUGACACACAUUGAACUAUUUCAUUCAUAUUUUUAAAAGCGUUUUAUGAAUUGGUGAUCAAAACUGUUUUAUACCAUUUUUUAAUCAUAAACCUGACAAAGUGAAGAAAUGAUCAAAAUGGUCUCGGGAACCACGUGACUACCCGCAGCCAAUCGGUGACCAACAAUGCUUGAAUACAUUUGUUACAAAUACAAAAAUGGAAGAGAGAAAAAGAAGCAAUUUGUCAAGAUUUGCAUUUCUAAUGUAAUGUUAGACUUUAGACAAUAACAUUUCAAUCAAAUAAUCGAUGUUGUGU